UCCGUAUAACUCAUGCUCUUUCCAUUCACAGAAACCAUGGCACCACGGUAUGAACUCUGUGUCGGUCUCAACAAGGGACACAAAACCACCAAAAUCAAGCAGUUGCAGUACAAGGGAGAACACAAAGUCAAGGGUGUUCGUCCUCAACGUUUGAAGAAUAUCCAAACCAAACACACAAAAUUCGUGCGUGAUUUGGUCCGUGAAGUCGUUGGGCAUGCCCCAUAUGAACGCCGUACCAUGGAGUUGUUGAAAGUUUCCAAGGAUAAGCGUGCUCUUAAAUUCUUGAAACGUCGCUUGGGCACACACAUCCGUGCCAAGAGAAAGCGUGAGGAAUUGGGUAACAUCUUGGCUCAUAUGCGUAAAGCUGCCCACAAGUAAAUGGACAUUCACAACAUGAAU